AUGUCUUCUGAUAAUGAUUCUCUGAUAUUUCUUUCAGAUUCUGAUUCAGUGCGCUAUCAAAUCGAUGAAACAAUUUAUCGAUAUGGGGAUCGAGUUAAACAGGCAAAUGGUUUCGUUAGCAUAGAUGAGAAAUCGGGAGUUGCACGAUUGGCGCAAUCACCGUACGAUUCAGUGGGUGGUGUAUUUGAAUCACGCAUCGCAAGUACCGACCUUUCUGAUAUCGUUUCUCAUAUUGCCACCACUAAGCUCAAGGUGUUGUUAUUCAAUGUAAAAUACAUAAGUUCGGAUGGUCGUUUGCUACGGCAAGCAGUGCGAGCUCAAUUUCUGUUCAUCAAUCGGACCAAUGAUGCACUCCUUUCGGCUGAUCGAGCCGUAUCAAUUAUCGAUAAAAAUGCAUUGAAUCCAAAAGGAAUUGUACCAAAAUUGAGUGCACUUUCAAAGCACUCAGUUGAUGUGACAAAAUUGCCCGAAACAGUACCGUACGCACGUCUCCGUGAAGCAGCUCUUCUUUUGGCAAUCUUCACUUUUUUACUUUUUGCUGUACUGAUUGUAUUCGCUAUGAUUUUAUGCUAUCAUCGCUCAAAAUUCUUGCGUGAAAAGAAAAUGUAUGAAGACGAGAAGAUAGCAGCAGGAUCAAUGAAUAAAAUUAAUCGUUAUAAACAACCAUUAGCAUAUGUAAAAUCGGUUCAACAUAAUUUAAGAGAAAGAUAUCCGAAUGCAACAGAUGAGAAUAUCUAUACCACCCAAGAAAUUAAAAUGUUG